ACCAACGACCCCUAGAACGUGGGAGCAAUUCCAUUUCCUUCUUGGCUCGAACAAGAUUGUAAUAUGCCCCCAAAGAGGAGAAAGAGGGAAAAGAAGCAAAAAGGAGAAUUCAGAGAGGCAAAAGAAGGAAACAGAGUAGAGUAAAGUAAAAUCACAAACAAGGCUACCAUUGGAAAACCAUAAACACGACCUCUUCCUCUUUGUUUGACGCAUUGUUAACUCAUAGGCUUUUAAAAUGGAAGCAGCAGUUUCAGUUGUAGAUAAGCUAAAAUCCUUUGCCAAAUCCACCCAACAUUUCGCUUCCGGCGUUAUCCGCGGCGGCGAUACUUCUAAUCGUCGAAGUCCGAUUGAGAUCUUGAAGAGAUUGCAACGAGAGGCUUUUUCAGAUAUUAUGAAGCUAAGAGACAGACAAGAGAAGGUGGAGCGAGUGCUUGCUUUCUAUAAAUCGUCAAAAGGAAGUCCAUUCCAAGAAGCUAGCACUAAUGUAAGGGGAGAAUUUGAUGCUGUGGGGGCACUGUUGAUGAUCGGUACCAUUGAUGAACGCAAGCACAAUGCAGUUGAAAGAACAAUUAGGACUGGUAUUGAUUCUAGGCUGACUUUUGAAACAACUGUUCGUGAAAAAGAUACACUUGUUGCAGAGUUCGUUAGCAGCGAAAGAGGCCAAAUAAAUAUCCAGGGAACUCCACUUUCUUUAGCAAAAGUUCUUUAUGCAGCAAAUAUUAGUGAUUGGUUCUCCGCAGUUGCCAUCCCAGUUGGUGGUCAGUGCAGAGAUGUUGCAGUACCUACAAGUUCACGUGAGCAAAGGGGCCUGACAGAUUAUUCAUCAUUUGGGCCGCCCCUGCUGAAUCAACUAAAUGGUAGUGCAAUCGCUGUAAUGGUAAAAAAGUUAAAUACAGUUGCUUCCUUGGCUCAGUUUGUCUCUGCAUUGCCACACUCCGGUAGACGUUUGUAUUGUUUCGGCACUUUUGGUCAAGUUGUUUGCCAACUUCCAAGCAGUACAAAGCUAUCCAUCUUGGGCAUACACAAAGCGGCUAUUCUGUCAAGUCAACAGCAUCGACUCGCAGCUAUGUCGUUGCCUAUUGGCAUUUUACAACGGUCAGGGCAUUCUGAGGCGCCCUUGGAGGAAAACGGCCUCUUAGAUGGAUCAAUCGCUAUAACACUAGAGUCACAACGUGUCGAAAGUACAAGAAUUGGUGGUUGGGUAGAGAUGAAAAGAUCAAAUCCCAAAUAUUUGCAGUGGGCAGUUAAUGUGUCCGAUACACCUGAGGAUGAUUUCGGAUGGGGUUUUAGCCUUGGUGGUUUGAUGCAAGGUCCAAGAAGUUGGGAACAUUUUCAGGUUGAAAGCUUUAUCAAUUUUAACUUAGGAAAGAAAUGCAAGUUGCAACCAGGUCUGCUCUAUGUAAGAGAUGGAGCUACUCAGUUUCCUGCACUGAUGUUUCGUACUAGUUGGUCCUUGUGAACAUUCUCACCCUCUCCCUAAAACAGAAAUAGUCAUUAGAAAUUCCCACACAAAGAGAACAAAAUAGGAAGGAUUUUGUCUGCCAAGGAGGAAAUUAGCUCCUAUGACCAGUUACAAUUUGAAUAGAAGAAAAUGAUCCUUCAUAGAUUUUAUGUGUUCUAUUUA